UGUUUGAACAGGAAGGCGGACAUAUUGGCCAGGCAGUGCGAGAAAAUCGGGCACAGUCUGUUUUUCGAAAAAUAACAUCGCCUUAAAUAUACGUAUAUUUUAAAGUGUGAACUUACGUUUCUGCAUGUAUCGACUAGACUAGUUGUUGGGUGAAGAUACUACACAUAAGACAGGCGUACUGCAAUGGGGCGUUUUAACAGGAUCGUGUUUUAAAGUGAUCGAAUUUUGGAAGUCGAAGUUUUUUUUUCGCCACUUCUACUUUGCAGCUGUCAGACUCGUUUGUCGUUUUUCUUGCAAGGGCCUGGCACAGAUAUGGACACGGGCCUGGAGUAAUGUGACUACCCUGCAAGCCGUCUUUGUAACUUCUGCUUUAUAUACUUGGUAUAUGAACACAGCCAGGUCUUUUUCAUUUAAAUUGUGCUGCACACCGCUUGAUCCCUCUGCGGCAGUCUGGAGAGCCUUGAUAAUCUGUUGCUGCUAGCCAGCUAGCUACUAGCUAGCUAGCUAGCUAGCCUCUACUUUUCUUUUCAUUUUUUGUCCUGCUAGCUAGCUAGCAAAGUUGUCAUUGGCGAGACCAACGUUAACUCUGCGGAAACAACAAGUCUUUGUUUUUCCUAAAAUGUGGAUUUUGGUCAUCCGAUGUUCGUUUAUACCUUGCAAUGAGUGUGAAAAACUGAAAAGACACACAACCCUUCUCUGAUCAUUCAUCCACUACUGUUAACUGUACAACUCAACGCGAAGCAAGAAGUUUGACCAGGCUUACCAGUAAGCUAGCUAGCUCACAAAGCUAGCCACAAUAUUUUAAUCACUGCUAGCGCCGGCGUGGAACUCAGUUUGACAGCAAAAUGUCUUCGGAGGAAAGUUUGGCGGCUCGGUUCGAUAAAAUCGAUGCCAUGUUGAAGGAUCCUAAAUCAGAAAUCAACACCGACUGCUUACUGGAUGGUUUGGAUGCAUUAGUUUACGACCUUGACUUUCCCGCCCUGAGGAAGAACAAGAGCAUCGACAACUUCUUGAACAGAUAUAAGGACACCAUCAGUAAGAUCCGUGACCUGCGCAUGAAGGCUGAGGACUAUGAAGUGGUUAAGGUCAUCGGCAGAGGGGCAUUUGGAGAAGUGCAGCUGGUGAGGCAUAAAGCCACGCAGAAGGUUUACGCCAUGAAACUUCUCAGCAAAUUUGAGAUGAUCAAGAGGUCUGAUUCAGCUUUCUUCUGGGAAGAGAGAGACAUCAUGGCCUUUGCUAACAGCUCUUGGGUGGUGCAGCUCUUCUACGCAUUCCAAGACGACCGCUACCUCUACAUGGUCAUGGAGUACAUGCCGGGCGGAGACCUGGUCAACCUGAUGAGUAACUAUGAUGUCCCUGAGAAGUGGGCCCGCUUCUACACCGCCGAGGUGGUGCUGGCACUGGACGGCAUCCACUCCAUGGGCUUCAUCCACAGGGAUGUGAAGCCUGACAACAUGUUGCUUGAUAAAUCAGGCCACUUGAAGCUGGCUGACUUUGGAACCUGUAUGAAAAUGAAUAAGGACGGUAUGGUACGAUGCGACACUGCAGUAGGAACGCCUGACUACAUAUCACCUGAGGUACUGAAAUCACAAGGAGGAGAUGGCUACUAUGGCAGAGAAUGCGACUGGUGGUCGGUUGGAGUCUUUCUGUAUGAAAUGCUAGUUGGUGACACGCCGUUUUAUGCCGACUCGUUGGUUGGGACGUACAGCAAGAUUAUGAAUCACAAGAACGCCCUGACUUUUCCCGACGACAGCGAAAUCUCCAAGGACGCCAAGAACCUCAUCUGCGCCUUCUUAACCGACAGGGAGGUGCGACUCGGCCGCAACGGGGUCGACGAAAUCAAGCGACACGCUUUCUUCAAGAAUGACCAGUGGACGUGGGACAGCAUCAGAGACACGGCUGCCCCGGUUGUGCCCGAGCUGAGCAGCGACGUGGACACCAGCAACUUUGACGACAUCGAGGAGGACCGAGGCGAGGAGGAGACUUUCCCCAUCCCCAAGGCCUUCGUGGGCAACCAGCUUCCCUUCGUAGGCUUCACCUACUACAACCAGUUUCUUCGAACCUCGAGCACAAAAACGAGUGACAAACGUAGCAGCUCCACCAAGGAGGACAAAAGCCAUCUGGAGAACCUGCAGAAGAGGAUCUAUCAGCUGGAGGAGCAGCUCCACAGUGAGAUGCAGCUCAAGGAUGAGAUGGAGCAGAAGUGCAGGACAUCCAAUACAAAAUUAGACAAAAUCAUGAAAGAGCUAGAUGAGGAGAUCAAUCAGAAGAAGACGGUGGAGGCGUCCCUGUCCAUGCUGGAGAAGGAGAAGAUGAUGAUCCACCACCGCGCCUCGGAAUACCAAAGAAAGGCCGACCAGGAGGCCGAGAAGAGGCGCAAUGUGGAGAAUGAAGUGUCCACAUUGAAAGAGCAACUGGAAAACAUGCGGAAAAUCAGCCAGAAUUCCCAGGCCUCCAAUGACAAGAUAGCACAGCUGCAGAAUCAACUGGAAGAGGCCAAUGACUUGCUGCGAGCGGAGUCGGACACGGCGGCGCGCCUUCGAAAGAACCACACGGAGAUGACCAAGUCCAUGAGCCAGCUGGAAGGCCUGAACCGCGAGCUGCAGGAGAAGAGCCGCGCCGCCGACAACACCAAGCUGGCGCUGGAGAAGGAGCUGCUGCAGCUGCAAAGCACGCUGGACUCCGAGCGACGCAACUGCAGCCAGGGCUCCGAGGAGAUCCGCGAGCUCCAGGCACGGAUUACUGGUCUGCAAGAGGACAACAAGAACUUGAAGCUCAGUUUUGCCAAAGUUGAGGCAGAACGGAAGCAGGCACAGGAGAGGAGCAAUAAUCUGGAGAAGGAAAAGAACAACCUGGAGAUUGACCUGAACUACAAGCUGAAGACAAUGCAGCAGCGCCUGGACCAGGAGUUGACUGAACACAAGGUGACCCGAGCACAGCUCACAGACAAGUACGAAUCCAUUGAGGAGGCUAAGUCAGCUGCCAUGCACGCUGUGGAGCAGAAGGUGUCGGAGGAGAGCGUGGCGCGCACGCGGGCGGAGAGCCGCGUGGUGGAGGUGGAGAAGCAGUGCUCCAUGCUGGAGUUCGACCUCAAGCAGUCGGUGCAGAAGAUGGAGCAGCUGAUGAAGCAGAAGGAGCGGCUAGAAGACGAGGUGAAGGCCUUGCGGGUGCAGCUGGAGCAAGAGUCGGGCAAGCGGGCUCUGACCCAGAGUGAGCUGAAGAACUGGACCGUGGAGGCGGACCGGCUCAAGGCGUCGGAGAAGCAGCUCAAGCAGGAGAUCAACGCCGCGCUGGAGAACAAGCGCUCCCUGGAGUUCCAGCUCGCCCAGCUCACUAAGCAAUAUAGGGGGAACGAAGGACAGAUGCGAGAGCUUCAAGACCAGCUGGAGGCCGAACAGUAUUUCUCUACGCUUUACAAAACUCAGGUGAAGGAGCUGAAGGAGGAGAUUGAGGAGAAGAACAGGCAGCUGCAGGACACCCACAAGAAGGUGCAGGAGCUGCACAGCGAAAGGGACUCCCUGUCGGCCCAACUGGACCUGACGGUGACCAAGGCGGAGUCGGAGCAGUUGGCCCGGGCGCUGCAGGAGGAGCAGUACUUUGAGCUGAGCCAGGAGAACAAGAAGGCAAUGGCCCGCCACAAGCAGGAGAGCGCCGAGAAGGACUCCACCAUUGCCCGACUCGAGGAAUCCAAUAAAACCCUUACCAAAGACGUGGAGACCCUCAGCAAGGAGAAGGCCGACCUGGAUGACAAACUGCGCGGUCAGACGGAAGAGUAUGAGAACCAGAAAGAGGAAAUCACAAACUCGAUCAAGGCCAACUAUGAGAAGGUGCUCAACACGGAACGAACUCUCAAGACCCAGGCGGUGAACAAGCUGGCGGAGAUCAUGAACCGGAAGGACAUGAAGCUGGACCAGAAAAAGAAGGGCAGCACGGCCGACCUGCGCAAGAAGGAGAAAGAGAACCGCAAGCUGCAGCUGGAGCUCAACCAGGAGAAGGAGAAGUUCAACCACAUGGCCAUCAAGUACCAGAAGGAGCUGAGCGAGAUGCAGGCGCAACUGGCCGAGGAGAGCACGUACCGCACAGAGCUGCAGAUGCAGCUGGACAGCAAGGAGAGCGACAUCGAGCAGCUACGCGAGCGCCUUAACGACCUGCAGCUGCGAAUGGACAACUCCAGCGUCACCAGCCUGCAGACGGACGAGACCGACAGCAACAUUGCCGAAUCCAGAAUGGAAGGCUGGCUGUCGAUACCGAACCGUGCUAACAUAAAACGAUAUGGCUGGAAGAAGCAGUAUGUUGUGGUCAGCAGCAAGAAAAUAAUCUUUUACAAUGAUGAGCAGGACAAAGAGCAGUCCAGCCCCUCUAUGGUACUUGAUAUCGACAAACUGUUCCACGUGCGUCCGGUCACGCAGGGUGAUGUGUACCGAGCGGAGACUGACGAGAUUCCCAGGAUAUUCCAGAUCCUUUAUGCCAACGAGGGCGAGUGCAGGAAGGAGGCGGAUAUGGAGACGGUUCCCCAGGGUGACAAGACCAACUGUCUGCCCCACAAGGGCCAUGAGUUCAUCCCCACACUCUACCACUUCCCCACCAACUGCGAGGCCUGCGCCAAGCCCCUGUGGCACGUCUUCAAGCCGCCGCCCGCCCUCGAGUGCCGGCGCUGCCACGUCAAGUGCCACAAGGACCACCUGGACAAGAAGGAGGACGUCAUUGCGCCCUGUAAAGUGAAUUACGACGUGACCUCAGCGAGGGAUAUGCUGCUGCUGGCCCUAACUCAAGAUGAGCAGAAGAAGUGGAUCGGUCACCUGGGCAAGAAGAUUCCCAAGACCCCUCCCUCUACCUUCUCCAGGGCCUCCCCUCGCUCCAUGUCCACCCGCUCCGUAGCAAACCAGUCCUUCCGCAAGAACCCCAAAAGUAUCACGGGCAAGCCAAGCUAACCAUCUGAUCCAUUGGAUUCUGUUGGGACUUUGUACCUAUUAUCCUUCAAAAAAGAAAAAAAAAUAGAAAAGAAAACAAACAAAAAAUACUCUCAAACCAUUAAAAAAGGAUUCACACAAUUAACCUAUACACACACACACUUUCUCACACACACACACACACACUUUCCCUCUCACACACACACACACUCACACACACACACACACACUUUCACUCUCUCAGAAGUUAAUACAGAGACAGUUUGACCAACGCUGGAUUUUGGGACCAGUGCCUGAUACAAGGCAUCCUUUCUUCUCCACUCCCUUCUCUCUCCCUCCCUCCUUCCUUCCCUCCCUUCAUCCCGCCCUCUCUCUGCUUUGACUGGGAUUCCUUUUCCUCCAACCUCUCCGCACCAUCUCUGUCCUCCGGGCGUGAAGUGGACAGCAGGGACCUUGCUCUGACCUUGGGAUGAGAGCCUAGGGAAGCGGCCCAUCUGUCCCCAAGGCUGAGCUCCUCUGUGCGGGCCUCAGGCGGACGCUGUGUGGGGGGGGUAUCUGGCCUUUGGUGCAUGCUCCAGGUCAAUAAGGGAGGUCUUAUGCAAUAGGGUGAUGCAACAGGGGAAGAGGGGGGUAUCUGGGGGUGCUAAAACUGGGUUAUUUUCUUCUGCCCGGGAUCAAAAACUGUUGUGAGCGAGCAUACCUGUUUUCCAUCUCAACGGAUUUAACAUGCCUUCUUUUCAUGAACUCGGGCUGCCUUAAUGUUUCUCUCCCUCCUAAGUCUAAAAGGAAAUGCGAUAUCAAACAGAGUAUUUGGGUACUGAGUAUGUGUGCGUGUUGUAUUUUUUUUUGAUUUUUUUUUUUUUUUUUUUUUUUUUUUUUUUUCCGAGGAGCAUGCAAGAUCAUCAUUACAAUUCUAUGCAUAUUAGAAUAAUAAUUAUUGUUGUUGUUGUUAUUAUUAUUAUUAUUAUUAUUAUUAUUAUUAUUAUUAUUAUUAUUAUUAUAUUUGCUCCAAGCCAUAGGAAUCCCCAUUGUAAUGGCAUCAGGAGACCUAAUGAAAUCUUCAUAGAAACCAUUGACAUUUUGUUUGUUCAUUUGGGUACAUUGUUCCUUUACGUGUGUUAUUUUGUUUUUUGUCUCAUUUUUGUUUCUUUUUUUUUUUUUGUAAUGUAUUGCCUUACAUUGGUUCAUAGAAAAUGGUUCAAAAGGAAACAUUAAGUUAACAAAUGUAAAACUGCACUGUUUGAAUUGUAAAUUAUUUGUAGAAGACUUAACUGGUGUAGCAUUUGGCCCACCUAGUGCCUUAAUUUUUGGAUAACGAUUUUACUGCCAUAUCUGUCUGUGUUAAACUCCAAACAAGACAAAUCUUAACUCUGUAUCUUUUUUUUAAAAAAAAAAAAAAAAAGGGUUAUCUUCCACGUUGUGGUUUUAUUGGAACCUCUGGUGUGAAAUGGAAAAGUCCUUCAUUUAUUUUCAACAAGUUGCAUAUUAUAUCAACCAAAGUACCAGAGAUGAGUAAGUAUCCUGUGUUAUGGAUAAUGUACCCUAAUGAAGGCAAGGUUCCCUUCCAUGAACUCUUCCCAUUAUUGCCAACAUAAUCAGAUGAAAUGGGUAACUUCCUGUCUUGUCGACACAAACCCCCUCAGUGUAUAUAAUCAGACACAAAAGAUCAUGAAUACCUCCACAGUUAUCAAAAAUGGGUUUUACAUACGUGUUCAGUAAAAGAAGCACUGGAACUAUGAUCUCUUCUGUUUUGUCUUGGAUGACUUGCAUGUUUCAUUGCAUUGGAGGCCGCACUGAUGGAUAUGUGUCAAUAAACAUAUCUUUAUCUAUCGUUUAAAA